AUGUCGCUGAUUCGCGCCAUCGAUUCGAGCGAGACUGAUGAGAUUUUGCGGAUUCUCGACACAAUGCCGGAGGAGAUCGACGUUCGCGACGACGAUCAACGAAGCGCCCUUCACUACGCCGCCGAAAUGUGCGAUGUGGAGACGUUCACCAGAAUCUUCGACGCCGAUCCGACGCUUUUGGACAGCACCGACAAAAAUGGGUACACCCCGCUUCUGAACGCGAUAAUGGUGGGUCGAAUCGACGUGGCCGAGUUUUUGGCGCAACGCGGCGCCAACGUGCACCAUUCGGACAACGACGGACACAAUUUGGUGCACUGGGCGACGGUGUGCGGACAAUUGGCGGGAUUGCAGUGGGCGUUGGACAAAAACGUCGCCGUCAAUGCACGCGACAAAUCGGUGCGAAAAUUCCAAUCCUGGCCAGAAUUGACGACAAUUCAAAAAACUCUGGUUUUGCAGCAAGAAGCGACGCCGAUCCACUAUUCGACGGUGUCCGACGAGAUCGGCGUCGAGCUCGAGCAGGCGGUCAUCGUGAAAUUGCUGCGAAACGGCGGCGACGCGAACGCGCGCGAUAAGGACCAUCGAACGCCGAUCCUCUGGUGCGCCAGUAAUGGCAAUGUCGAGGCGAUGAAGGUGCUCCAGAAUUCGGGUGGCGACAUAAUGGCGAAGGACAAGGACAACCUUGGUGUUCUCCACUGCGCGGCGAGCCACGGCUAUCACGAGGUCAUCGAAUACUAUAUGAGUCGAGUUUCGCGCGAGAAAGUCGAUGAUCAGGAUCGUGCCGGUCACACGGCUCUCUUCUACGCCGUCACCUUCGGCCAUUAUGAGUCGGCGUUGAAAUUGCUUCAGAAUGGAGCGAAUCCGAAUCAUCAGGAUCAACGCCUUCGAACUCCGUGCCAUUGUGCCGCUUCGAAAGGCCAAAUGAGGAUGCUGAAGCUUCUGAAGCACUAUAAUGCAUCGUUCGACAUUUCGAAUUAUCGCGGCGAUCUUCCGUUUCACGAAGCGGUUCAAUCCGGCAGCAAAGACGUCGUCGAAUGGAUUCUGUCGCGCGACGAUUCGGUGCUCGACACUCCGAAUCACAACGGCCGAACGGCGAUGCAUCUCGCCGCCGCCGCAGGCAAUCUCGAGCUCAUCAUUCUAUUCUGCUCGAAAAACUGCUAUAUUCAGCCAUUGAUGACGAUAAAGAACGACGUCUACACGCCACUCGAUCUCGCCGUCGAGCAGAAGCACGCCGACGUCGUCGACUAUUUGCGGAACGUGCACGGCGCGAAAUCGCGCGACGACUUCACGCCCGAGGCGAUUCGCGAAUGGCGCGACUCGUUCGAGGCGACCGUUCGAAAAGCGAAACAGGAACGCGAUCGGAUGAUCGAGCAACUACGCGAGAAGCGCCUCAACAAUUUGCGGCGACCAUCGACGGCCGACAACGUCGGCGAUUCGAAGGAGAUCGCCGACGUUGGUGUCAACACGACGACGAGAUCCACAAAAUCGGCGGACGAGAGCCGUUUGAAGCGAAAAGUGUCGAAAUCGACGUCGGUGACGAGUCUGGAAAAUGGCGGCGAAAAAAAUGGCGAUGUCGACGAGCCGACGAAACUCGACGUCGAGCCGUUGCACGUUGACGGAAUCGAUUUGGACGAUGAUUUCGAGGAGCUUCCGCCGUUGUCCGACAACGACGACGACGAUGAAGCCGAGAAAGAUGAGCACGAUGAUGAUGGUAGACAGCGAAGAAAAGAAGUGAAAAUCGAUGAGACGAAGAAAUUGUCGUCGUCGUCGGCGAAGAAGAAGAAGAAGAAGGCGCCGAAGAAGAACAAAAUCAUGUUGAGAGUUCGACGCGAGCCCGAAAUCGGCAACGACGGCGGCGACGUCGAAUUCUAUUUCGAUGAUGAUGAGGAUGAUGGAACGCCGUCAUUAUUCGGUCCCACGGCGAACGGUCGCUACAUUCACGAGAAGGCGAUAUUCCAGGAGUUGACGCAUCUCAAACGAAUGCAAAUCCAAUACGGCAAAGUGCAGGAGAAGAUCCUCGUGCGCUCGUUGAUCUCCAAUUUUUGCAAAAUGCACAAUUUGGACGCGAAAAACUUCAAAUUCCAGACGUUCUACGCGUGGGAGAAGUUCUUGUACGAUGCUCUCUCCGAGCAAUUGAAGUUGAUUUAUUUGGAGGAACGCGAGCGGCUGAAUGAGGCGCACAGCGAGAUGUACACCACGUCGAAAUUCGAGACCCGCGCGCGUCGCAGCGCGCCCUACAACGAGAAGCUGCGCGAAAUGCAGCGCAUCUACGCCAACUCAACGAUGAGCUCGUCCAACUCCAAGAUGGUGCAGCUCAACAAAUCGAAAUUCAAAUCCGACGGCAAAAAACGAUGCGAUUGUCUCGAGAAGCAUCUGCUCCUUUAA